AUGGAUUCUACAAACUCAUUAUUCGCUUAUAAGUGUAAUUCUUCAAAAAUUGAUAACAAAUCAUCAUUUAAAGGUGCAUCUAUCAAAUCCUCUCAACAAAUAUCAAGUAACCUAACACAAUCUUUAGGACAAGGAGGAUGUGUUUGUGGUUCACGUCUCACUGUAUGUCGUGGUUGUCGACAUUUACCUCGAGCACCAACUGUUCGUAGAGGCGGAACACUUGGCUUUAGACCUCCGGAAGUAAUGAUGCGUCAUAUCGAACAAACAACUGCUGUUGAUAUAUGGGCUGUUGGAAUUAUAUUUAUUUCUUUCCUUUCUGGUCGUUAUCCUUUUAUAAAAGUAGACGAUGAUUUGGAUGUACUUCAUGCUUUCACUCAUCUAAUUGGAUAUGAACGCAUGCAAAUGGGUGCCAGAAGCAUUGGUAGGAGACUCUUACUUGAUCCUAGACCACCACCUAUGGAAGCUAGUGAUUCACCUGUUGUCUGGCUUAAAACAAGAUGUUCUGCAAUUAGAUUAUACGAGAAAAAAUUUGCUGGUCUACCUCCUUUAUUACGUAAAACUACAGUAAAGUCAACUAAUUUAACUAAUGAUAAUUCUGCACAAACUACAGAAUUAUCUAAUGGAAAACCAGUGAUUGCUUUAUCAUCAACGCAUAUUUUUCCCACUUCAGCUUAUGAUCUAUUAGCUCGUCUAUUAGAACCAUGCCCACAGAAACGAAUUACUGCUCAAGAUGCACUUCGUCAUCCAUAUUUUUGUAAUACUAAAACUCAACGACAUUCUAGUAUACCAUUAAAAUAUCCAAAUAUACAAUCAAAUUCAUUACUUCAUAAACGUACAUCUCGUUCAAGUCUAUGUGAAUCAAUAACAAAUUUUAUACCGAGACCACAAUUUUGUUGA